GCAUUUCACCGCUAAUUACCUCCGCACCCUCCAGGCCCUAAUGUCCAUAAUGACCAGCACAGCUGACGUCCCGCAAUUUGUCGCCCCAUUCGAGCUUUCAUCACUACUGCAUUCUGGUUACUCACACCCUACCUUACGAGUGUGGCAGUCAUGUGAAGGGCGUACCCUUACAAAGAGCAGUCUUAUAUUUCCAAUCUUUAUUCACGACAAACCGGAUGUUAAAGAGGAAAUCGCUACACUUCCUGGACAGUAUAGAUUUGGUGUCAACACACUAAAGGAGCACUUUGGCCCGCUUGUAGAAAAUGGUCUGAAGACUGUACUUAUAUUCGGCGUUCCUACCUUGGCACAGAAGGACGAACGCGGGUCAUGUGCAGACGAUCCGAAAGGGCCUGUCAUCGAAGCAAUCAGAUUUUUUCGCAAGGAGUUUCCGAGCAUUCUUGUCGCCUGCGAUCUUUGCCUGUGCGAAUUCACAAGUCACGGACAUUGCGGAAUCUUGAAUGAGGAUGGCACAAUUAACAACCAGCCAAGUAUUGAACGUUUGGCAGAGGUAGCGUUAAGCUAUGCGCGAGCAGGGUGUCAAAUCAUUGCUCCAUCCGACAUGAUGGAUGGCCGCAUAAGAUCCAUCAAGAAGAUUCUUUUGGAUAACGGUCUGGGAGCAAAGGUGGCUGUGAUGGCUUAUAGUGCAAAGUUUGCAAGCGUGUUUUAUGGGCCAUUCCGGGAUGCAGCUGGGUCCGCGCCCUCUCACGGCGACCGCAAAUGCUAUCAACUUCCACCGGGUGCCCGUGGGCUAGCACGCCGUGCAUUGAUCCGAGACGCAGGGGAAGGCGCCGAUAUCAUCAUGGUCAAGCCUGGCUACCCUUACCUGGACAUUGUUCGUGAUGCCAAGGAGUUGUUGCCAGACUUACCACUAGCCAUUUACCAAGUAUCCGGAGAGUAUGCAAUGCUUUGGCAUGCCGCUCAAAAUGGAGUUUUUGAGUUACGAGCAGGAGUAAUGGAGUCGUUGCAAGCGGCCCUCAGAGCGGGUGCAAACAUCCUUAUCACGUAUUAUACACCGUUGCUAUUAGACUGGCUAGAGGAUUAGUGAUCUCGUACAUUGAUUUUCUACACUGGUGCUGACUGAUUAUGUACAAUUUGAAUCAACGGUUACAAUGCCCGCUAUGUAUGGCGUCCACCGCAGGUGUGGUCGCUGUGAGGAUGCCACUGCAAGCGUCCUUGUCCUAGACAUUAAUCCCAACGCAAGGAUAGAGACGAAGCAUUAAAGGGAUCAUCAGGCGCCACUAGUGCAAUGAGGUGGAUUUGACACUCCUUGGUCGCUUCUGUGAUCCCGAAUAAUAUCACGAAUCCACAGUAA